AUGGAGCCGAGCGCCGUAAUAUUCUUUGUGAUGGCAUCCUUGAAUUUUGCGCGCUGGUGCAUCCACCAGCGAAGCCAGUCCGGCUUCCUGCAGCAGCACAGGGCUCGCCUCGUUUGCGAGAUUAAGGCGCUGCGGCGCCAGGCCGAGCGCUUGAGCGGACCCGGCAGCCAUCCCAAGCGCGCCAAGGUGCAUCGCCUGGCCACGGCAAAGGAGCACGAGCUGUCACUGCUGCAGCAGCACGGCACAUGCGAUGAAGGCAGCGGCGGCGCACACGCCCGCGCCAGCGCUUUGAUCGGCGCCGCAAGGGUGGCCCUCAUCGCGCUGGCGGUGGUCGUGCUCUGGGGCCGCCCGCUGCUGCGCGUGCACCCCCUGCUGACACAGCCCUUUGGGAAGCUGCUGCUGUUCCCGCACCGCAGCUCCCCCCUGCUCGAGGCCGGCUCGGUGACGGUCCUGCCCUGGGUGGCGCUCUGCGACCGCGCCAGCCUGCUCGUUGCGCGCGCCCUGUUCCCAGAGCCUGCCUUGGAGCCGCGCAUCAAGGCACUCCAGACGGUCUUCGAGGGCCGGGAGGACUGA